CAGAAAUGCAACUUCCUGUCAAGAGCGAGUCUCAAGUGGUGUGCUCUAGGUAAGACUUUCAUUCUGACUUCAUUGGCAGUUGCAUGAGAAGAAGCAAGGUUUAGGGUUUAGGGAACACAUACAGGAAACUGCACCCACCAAUAGCAGAGGACGUAUGGUGUAGUUGAGGAUUUCAACAUGCUCCUGGACAUGGCAGGGCGUAGGCUGAUCCUGAUGCUCUGUACCAUACUACUGGUCUUGAUCAAAUGUAUAGAUACACAAAAUGCCUCUUCUCCACUCACCUCACAUCCACUCACCACUUCUAUUCCACUCAGCCGUAACACUGUCAUGCACGCAACAGACAAUCAAUCAUCUCCACAUGCAUCCACCACUGCAACUCUUACCCCCACACCAGUCACUCACUCCAACAGUGCAGGACUGGAAAAGUCUGAAAACGUCAUAUACUCAAAUGCCAGCACCUCUCACCCUGCAAGCACCACGCCUUCCAAACCUGCACUCAAGCCAUCUACCACACCUGCUAGUUCAGCUACAGCCUCUUCUCCACCCACCUCACAUCCACUCACCACUUAUAUUCCACUCAUCCCAACCACUGUCACGCACGCAACAGAUGCACAAAAUGCCUCUUCUCCACCCAACUCACAUCCACUCACUACUUCUAUUCCACUCAACCCUACCACUGUCACGCACGCAACAGGUAAUGUCUUAUCAUGUGACUUAUAAGAAGAAACUGUGGAGGAUAUUAAUGUCUCGUGCCGGUGAAAUUAGGUUAAAAUAUUUUGGAAUUAGUAUUUAACAGAGUAUAAUGGAUUGAAGUUUAAACUACGUAUUAAAA